AUGGAGACCUGUGUCUUGAUCCCCCAAGAGCUCUCUUUGGCUAUCACGGAUUCCCCUCGAGGCGUGGAUAAAGGUCAAAGAGAAACCAGUGUCAGUGUGUUCAGCAAUUGCAAAAUUCCCAAAGGUACCAGAAUCCUCCCUUUCCAAGGGACAAUCCGCAUCGACAAGUUGGAUGUCUUCUCCUAUCUCGACGAUAAUGACGUCCGGCACCGGUUCGGGCUGUACGAUGAGAUCACUCUGACAGGAAGAUGCCGAGUAAGGCACUGCAACUGGGUGAGAUUCGUCAAAGUCAGCCCUACCUUUCACGCAUCUGUGAAUGUCCUGGGAGCCAGGCACAGAGGAGAGCCGGUCUACGAGGUGAUAAAACCCAUACCAUCUGACACAGAGCUCAUCGUCUAUUUCCUUCCCGAGAGACCCGAAGACUUUCUCGUACCUGCCUUCCACUUUUUCAGGGCGACCCUCUACAGGAGGACCAUGGGUUCAAUCCUGGAAGAGAGUCCACUGGACCUGUCAAUGUCCUUAUUAUCACGAGGACACGGUCCGGGAUCAAGCGGAAGCGAAUCAUCGGACGAAGGACGGUCAGUGUCAGGGGACUCGGCCGUCAGUAGUCCAUCGGCAGACCUUGAAGGUCCUCUCAAGAACCCAGUUCUGAGCCCUCAGGCCAUUCCUACACCUCUGGCUGUGGGGCCCAUCAUUAAUACCCCAAGCAUAAUAAGGAAACCGCGAGAGAGAACCAUGCUGCCUUGCGAAGUGUGUGGCAAGGCUUUCGACAGGCCUUCCCUCCUCAAGAGACACAUGAGGACCCAUACAGGAGAAGCCUCACAAAUGCUCGCUGUGUUCGAAAAGCUUCCCGACGCCAGGGGAUCUGAAGUCCCAUAUGUACGUUCACAAUGGGUCAUGGCCUUACAAAUGCCACAUUUGCAACCGAGGUUUCAGCAAGCACACCAACCUCAAAAACCACCUCUUCCUGCACACAGAUCUGAGCUGAAAAUUGAGGUAAGUAAGGAGGCAAGGCAACAGUACAAGCGUAUUAACAAACCCCGAAGCAAGCCAUCCAUCGCUUAUGGUGCAUGGAAGCCCCAUCUCAAGACAACAUGA